AUGUUAAGGGAAAUGUCUAUAACGAUACCUGGCUCUCUCGUAAACAAAACCAAGAAGCACUUCAUGGGCAUGCCCGCUCCUGCGGGCUAUGUUCCUGGAGUGGGAAGAGGUGCGACCGGGUUCACGACACGGUCUGAUAUUGGACCCGCGAGGGAAGCGACUGAUGUGCCAGAAGCCGGUACCGGGCCACCGUCGAAGAAAGCAAAAGAGGAAACCAAAGAGGACCCAGAGGAACAACUCAAUGAUAACAAUUAUGAUGAGUUUGAAGGAUAUGCAGGCAGUUUAUUCGCACAAGAUCCUUAUGAUAAAGAAGACGAAGAAGCGGAUGAGGCUAAAGUUCUGAGUUUUAGAGAGAAAAAGUACAAAGAAGCUAUUGAGAAGUAUCGUAAAGAAAGGCCAAAGAUUCAGCAGGAGUUCUCUGACUUGAAAAGACAACUUAGCGAGGUCACUGAAGACGAGUGGGUGGCCAUACCUGAGGUAGGAGAUUCCAGAAACAAGGCGAAAAGGAAUCCAAGGGCAGAAAAGUACGUGCAUUAUUCUUCCACUGAUUUCCUUUCUUCAUUUUUGUUUAUGUGGAGAGAUACUUAUUCCCUUUUUUGCACUUUUAAGUUUUCUCGUUUCGAGCCAACACCACAGAAGAUUUUGCUCUAG